AUGGCGAUGGGCCGGACAAGAGCAUCCAUGGGUGGCUCUCUGGUGUCCAAGUUUGCGUUCAUUCCGCCGACGCCUGCGACAUACCGAGCGGACGAUGUGCGGUUCGAGGCCAUUGCCGGCGGGAGCGGGCAUGAGAUCAGCAUCCAGCACGUGAACAAGGGCUACGCCACGUCGAAGCGAAGCAGAUCAUCUGAUCUGGUGGCUAUCUAUUCUCAUGGUAAUGCGGAGGAUUUGGGUCUCAAUGCUGAUCUCAUCACUUAUCUUGCAAAUGUUGCAGAGAUGGAGAUCGUCGCCUACGACUACUCGGGCUACGGUCCGCUGACAAACGGCCAGGUCUCUCCGAACGAGUCGCGCGCGUAUGCCAACAUCGAGGCUGUCUUUGACUAUGUCCACGACGUCAUCGGCGUGCCUGAUGAGCGUAUCGUCAUCAUCGGUCGCUCUCUCGGCACCGGGCCCUCCUGCCAGGCCGCCAUCCGCCACCCAUCCAUCGCCGGCCUCGUUCUCAUCUCGCCGCUUGCCUCGGCCAUCAAGACACAACUGGCCUUUACCGUCCCGGGCUUUGACAUCUUCAAGAACUCUUCCAAGAUCUCGCAUGUUGCCGCGCCGGUCCUCAUCAUCCACGGCACCAACGACCGCGUCGUGCCCUUUGCUCAUGGCGAGCAGCUUGCAGCCCUCGCCCCUAACCUCUAUGAGCUCGUCGCUGUCGACGGCGCCGGCCACAAUGAUCUCAUCGACAGUAUGGGCCUCGAAAGCUACUUUGAUACCAUUGCCGACUUUGUCCGCGCCCUGCCGGCGCUCAACGCUUCCGCUGCUGCCGCCGCCAGUAACUCGGAUCUCGCUGCUGUCGAGGAAGUCACCGCUUCUUCGUCGUCGUUCAGCUCGCGGCGGCGGUAG